AUACGGGUAGGUGAGGGUGGUAGCUCCCUCUCUUUAUGAAACUGCAGAAAAAAAAGGUUCCGAAGACUCGGCUGAUAGGGCUCUUGUACACUAAAUCUAGAGAUACUGCAGUGGAGUCGUCGACUGCUUCACAUCUCUGCGGUCGCAAUUCACAAAAUCAGCAGAUUAUCAACGGGAACUUGGUCCAUCUAGCAGCAGAUAUUACAAUGGGGAAGCAGUGCACCGUGAUUGGUGGAUGUGGUUUCCUGGGCCGCCAUCUUGUCGAGGGCCUGCAGGAGCGCGGCUACACCGUCAACGUGUUUGACAUCAAGAGCACGUUUGAAGAUGAGCGAGUCAGAUUCUUUAUAGGGGAUCUGUGUUCCAAGGAGGAAUUGCUGCCUGCUGUCCAAGGGUCAGAGGUCGUCUUCAACUGUGCGUCACCACCGCCAUCCAGUAAUAACAAAGAGCUCUUUUACAAGGUGAACUUUGAUGGCACAAAAAACAUCAUAGACACAUGCAAGGCCGCUGGCGUAAAGAAAUUAGUCCUGACAAGUAGCGCCAGUGUAAUAUACGAAGGGAAUGACAUUGAAAAUGGUAACGAAGAUCUACCAUAUGCCAGUCAGCCCAUCAAUUACUACACAGAAACAAAGAUACUUCAAGAACAAGUUGUUCUUGAAGCAAACAGUCCUGAUUUCCACACCGUGGCCAUCAGGCCGCAUGGAAUCUUCGGCCCAAGAGAUCCCCAACUUGUUCCUACUCUCGUGGAGACGGCUCGAGCUGGCAAGACCAAAUUCAUGAUUGGGGAUGGCAAGAACCUUGUUGAUUUCACCUAUGUCAAGAAUGUCGCACACGGGCAUAUCCUAGCAGCUGAGAAACUCGGCAAAGACUCCCCAGUCUGUGGAAAGCCGUACCACAUCACCAACGACGACCCACUCCCCUUCUGGUCAUUCAUGUCCCGCCUCCUCGUUGGUCUCCAGUACCCGCCCCCGAAAUACCACCUCCCCUAUGCCCUCAUCUACUACCUGGCCCUCUUCCUACAGCUCGUCUGCUGGCUCCUGUCUCCGUUUGUCGCCCUCAAGGUGACCUUCACCCCCAUGACGGUCGCUCUGGCCGGCACGUUCCAUUACUACAGCUGUGAGAGAGCCAAGAGAGACAUGGGAUACAAGCCCUUAGUCAGCCUGGAUGAGGCUAUACAGAAGACGAUCGAGAGCUAUCCGCACUUGAGAAAUCCCAAGGCACAAUAGCAAACAAUCGUCUUCGUUUUAGAAAUGCCCCCUUUACUAAUCGACCGAUCUAUUAAAACACUUGCAUCUCUGCAAUUCCAGACUGAGGGUUCCAUCCGCCUGCGUCAUACGCACAUGCACGCAUGUCAGACUUUCGUGCACACAUUGGACAUUAAUCACCGCUGUGAUUGGGCAAACACGUUAUGUGGGCGGGGCUUAAAAGUUCAGUCUAUUAGUCAUGCAUCUUGUGGUAAGCCGGUUGAUAAAUGACCUAGAGCAGCAGUCAAUAUGUACGCAAUUUAAAAAAAAAAUGAGAAAAUAAUGUCUUAAAAGUUGAUGGUUUAAUAUGCCUCAUUAUAAACAUGAAAUUAAUCUUGUUGUGUAACAGCUUAUAAAUAUGUAUAAUGACCAAAGUAUUUGAUAUUGUUCAGUUAUUCGUAAUACCAAAUAUCAGUGUGCUGUUUUUCAUUUGCCAAGAAAUGAAGAUUCUUUAAGUAAAAAGGGCUUUCGAUGGAUUUUUUUUAAAUGGAUUUUUUUUUAAUGGCUACUUCUAUUUGUGUCUGAAAGAAAUGAACAAACUAAUAAAUUUGCAUACUUCAGACUUGAGAGAAGUUUAA